AUUCCGCCCGGAUGCUGUUCCGUCAGACAAAUCCCGGACAUGUCCAGGAAAUUCUGGACUUAUAGCAGCCCUAAAUUACAACAAAGCCUUUGUGACAUUCCCUUGCAUGUUCAAAAUGGGCCUUGAGGGCUAGUGGCUGCCAAGCCUGCUCUCGAACGGAAACUUUGUCACCCGAGAUAUUUGAUUCCUCCAGUAUGCAAAUAAGGCAUGGUAAACAAAUGCUUCAUGGGAGCUUAGUUUUGUUGAGAGAUGAACAAGACCCCUCUGACUUUUCUCUGCUGCCCGCAUCCCUUGAAACAGUGUCCGAUGGGGUGUGUCUUCAACCUUGCGCCACGCAAGCCUUCGUUGGACAGAAGUGUUCAUUGUUCCCUCUCUUUGCAUAACAGGUAUCGGCUGGAAUUAACUUGUUUGUGACUCUGAAUGGGUUGAAAGGGAGGAACAUCUUAUUCUGGCACCUCUGUCCUCCCAGACCCCGGCUGUCACCCCCUCCCCCGUGGACACAUCUCUCAGCAAAAUAGGCAAAGCAUAGGUGGGAUUUGGCAAAAUAGACAAUUGAAACCCCAUUGCGUGCUAAUGUCCCAGACAGGGAUCUGAUGCAACAGAAGCCAGCCACACACUGGAGUCUUCUCUUGCUUGGGAGAAGAAGCAGGGGAAGAGGAGGAUUUAGGGAGAGAGGUUUUUUGCAAGGGGUCAAAAAAUAGGGCAAGGUUUGCAAAUCAGCCUGAAAGUCCUCUUGACAUUGCACAAACGGUGCAUUUGCUCCAGCUCUGCGCGUGUGAGGAAAGCCAAUGGAACAUCUAUUUGCCAGCCCAAGGUCAAAGCUUUGGUUAAUAUUUCUUCUUGCAGGUAAGGAAGAUCCAAACAGGCAAAGGAAUUGGCCACAGUAAUUCGGGUCAGAACCAUAGAAAAGUGGUCAGAGGAGCUUGCAAAGAUGAAAUGAAUGACUUUCCCUGCCUUUAUGCAAAUGUUGAUGCUGAAUUUCCACUUGAUGUUGUGGAUUUUCGCAAUGUUCCCGAGAUUCGUCAAGUAUUUGUUGUUUUUGUGGUUGACCUGGAAUGAAUCAAUCAUCCUGAGCUCCUUCGUCCCGAUGGCCCUGGGAGAAACAGAGAGGGCGAUUUCUGCCACGGACCAGAGUGGGAUCUUCACCACAAAGGAAACAUCACAAAUCUCCCAGUUUUACCGGCCAAAAUCUGCCACAAUAAGCCCCCCUGGAAACAUCAGCCAGCUGUUGGGUUCCAGUCUGACUCUCAUCUGUCGUGCUGAGGAUUCGGAUCCUAAUAUACAGUAUAGAUGGUAUUUCAACAACACCGAUGCAAACGUGACAAGCAGCAAUCUGACCAUUGAAUCAAUCUCCUGGAAAAACGAGGGGACCUAUGUCUGCUGCAUAUCCUACCCUCAAACAAAUGUCACAGCCUAUGCGACUGUAUCUCUGAGGAUAAAAACAGACAAUGAAACUUCUUCAGCUCAACCACAGCAUCCUCUGACGGUGUUUGUUGGCAUCGUGUUUGGGUUGGCGGCUGGGGUGACUUUGGUUGGCACCUUGCUAUGCUGUUUCUGUGUCCACAUUCGGAGGAAGAACCCGCCGCCGCCACCACCACCACCAAUUUCGACAAUCCCAUCCUUACCUAAGGACUUCUCUCGAUCCAUAAUGCUUGGUAGCAGAGCCAGAGAAACCAAGCCUGAGAACCCUGCUGAGCCCAGCACCAUCUACCAGGAGGUGCUGUGUGAUGACGGGGCUGUGUAUCAAGAACUGGAAGGGUGAUUUCUGAGUGCAGCAUCUCCUGUGUAGCAAUAAGGACUUACGAUAGCUUCUCCCAGCUGAACGUUUCUGCCUAGGUGCCUGUCAGCUGCAAACUCCCAGCCAGACCCUCCUUGAUAUACCUGCCUUAAAAACCCAGACUCUUCUCUAAAUAUAGUGCUUUAAAUACAUGGCAUGAAUGUGGCCUUAAUGUGCAUCCCUGCAGAUCAUUCUGAGGUAGAACUCUGAAUGGUUUAAUCUUCAAUGUGUUGCUGUUUUUACUUUAAAAGAAAAACGCAUUAGACUCUUUGUGCUUGUUUGCUUAAAUAUCAAAACGGUUGGAGAAAAUGCAUUAAAUAAUUUCACUGUU